GUCAAGUGUCAAAGUGCGCGAGGCAGGAAACUACUUCCGGGUUUGAGUAAACAUAUUGACGCAAUGUGGCCCCCCUUCUUGGCACCUGGUCUUCUUCUCUUGGUGCAAUGGAGGGGCAUCAGAGGGGAAGACAAGAGGCCCAACUUUGUCCUCAUCAUGGUGGAUGACAUGGGAAUCGGGGAUGUGGGUUGCUACGGUAACAACACCAUCAGGACCCCCAACAUAGACCGGCUGGCCUCGGAGGGGGUGAAGCUGACUCAGCACAUUGCAGCCGCUCCUCUGUGCACGCCGAGCCGAGCCGCCUUCAUGACGGGACGCUAUGCUACCCGCUCAGGAAUGGCAGGAUCGGGCCGGUCACAGGUGCUGCUCUUCCUCGCAGGUUCAGGUGGACUGCCACCCAGUGAGACCACCUUUGCUAAGAGGCUCCAGCAACAAGGGUACACCACGGGCCUAGUUGGUAAAUGGCACUUAGGUGUCAACUGUGAACACAGAAGAGAUCACUGUCACCACCCUAACCAACACGGCUUCAGCUACUUCUACGGCAUGCCUUACACCCUGAUCAACGACUGUGUUCCGGGCAUGGGAAGGGACAUCUUGGCUGACCUUCAGCAGACACUCAAAAGUCUGUUCCUGUUCCUCGCGAUUGGACUUUUCACACUGGUGUUUAUUCGUGCUUGUGACCUUUUCGACAUCAGCCCACGGCUCUUGACGGCGCUCUUCACGUUCGGCGUCUUGGCGACUGUCGUGUGGUACGUGCCCUUUGAACUCCUGCCCCGAUGGAACUGCAUCAUCAUGAGGGACCAGGAGGUGGUGGAGCAGCCGAUGACGGUGGAGACGUUUCCCUAUAGGAUGCUGACGGAAGCCCAGCACUUCGUGAAGAGGAAUGCUCAUCAUCCGUUCCUUCUGUUUUUCUCACUGGCUCAUAUGCACUCUCCGCUCUUCAACACGCCUGCAUUUGCUGGCAAAAGCCGCCACGGUCGCUACGGUGACAACAUGGAAGAGUUGGACUGGAUUGUUGGGGAACUAACGGAGACUGUGGAUUCACUGGGCCUGGCCAACGACACUCUGAUCUAUUUCACCUCAGACCACGGUGGAUUCCUUGAGGAUUCCCAUCCUCUGAUUGGCCAGCGAGGAGGAUGGAACGGCGUCUAUCGAGGUGGGAAAGGAAUGGGGGGCUGGGAAGGCGGCAUCAGAGUUCCUGGUAUUUUCCGCUGGCCCAGCAGACUGGCAGCUGGAAGAGUGGUGGACGAGCCCACCAGCCUGAUGGAUUUGUACCCCACACUCAAGUAUCUCGCCCAGGACACCCGAUCAGACAGACGCUUGGACGGUCACAACCUUAUGCCGCUGUUGGAGGGGAAGGUUGGUCGGUCUGAGCACGAGUUCAUGUUCCACUUCUGUGGCAGUUACCUGAACGCAGCACGCUGGCACCCUCCUGGCAGUGACUCCAUCUUCAAGGUGCACUUUUUUACCCCAAACUUUUCCCCCCCGGGAGCCAUCGGUUGCUACGACAUCUUCCUCUGCCGGUGUUUCGGAGACCAUGUGACUCAUCACGACCCGCCGUUGCUCUACGACCUCUUCCAUGACCCUUCAGAGUCGCGCCCGCUCAGUCCCGAAACGGAGCCGCGCUACGCCGAGGUCCUCCAUCAGACCGCCAAGGCCGUGGGGAGGCAUCGGCGCUCCGAACACAACGCUCCGACCCAGAUGACCUGGGAGAAGAUCCUGUGGAGGCCCUGGCUUCAACCCUGCUGUGGAACAUUCCCGUUCUGCGGCUGCAAAGAAGACACCAACUUAGUGGGAAACUAAAUUUGACAACUUAAAAACAUACAUUUCAAUUUCAUUAGGACUAUUAGCAUGACUGCAAGAAAAUACAGCUCAGGAUAAAAAAAAAGUUGUAAUUUACACUCUGAGCCACUAGAGGGUAGUAUCAGACUAUGCAUGGAUUAACUUGUUUGACCACCCUUUAAUACUGUAGUAUUGGUUUUGGCUUUGCAAUUUCAAUUCUUGUUAGUAAUUCAAGAAUAAUCUUUAGGUUUUUAAGUUAUUUUCAAUGUCUCAGGCAAAAGAUCAAAGUUUAACGAUAUUCCUUAAUAUCGUUCUGUCACCGUGGUAUUCUUUUUGUUGUGUAUGCUUGGAGUUUCUCCACAAGCUGCAUGUGUAAUUAAAUGAGUAUAAGUUGCAUUAGAAUUGUGCUUAGAACAGUUUGUGCUGUUAUCUGUCAAUUUCAUUUAAUACCGAAUACAGAACAUUGUGAUUCAUGCAUUGUUCAUGCAAUGUUUUUUUUAAUGGACAAGUUGAGAGGGACAAGCGGUAAAAAAUGGAUGAUGCUGACUAUUUUGCUUAGUGUGGUUCUGUUUGGUGAAAUAAAGUAUAACUACUCA